AUGGCGGGGACGGGUGGGAUGUAUCAGUUAUUUUACGUAGGUGUAUACGAGGUGGUGGAUGAUCCAUCACUGGAUUCAAUAAUCUCAUGGAGCAAAAGCAACAAGAGUUUUGUCAUAUGGAAUCCUAAAGAGCUAGGGUUUGUGAGAAUUAAGGGGUCUGAGCACUUGGAAUUCGGACAUGAGCAAUACUUUGUGAGAGGUAAACCUGAUCUUUUGACGAAGAUGCGUUACCAAGCUGCCUCGGAUAGGAUGAAGAAAAGUCUCAAGGAAGCAAAAGCUAGAGCAGAAGCAGAGAAGAACGGCUGUGUGGGAGAUCAAUCUCCUAUUAGUAGGAUGAUGAAUGCCAGAGAUGCACGUAUUAGGUUCAACAAAAUUAUGAGAUCAUUUAAAGCUAAAACGCCACUGGAGAAUAGCUUCCUACAUCUACGAAUUUGA